AUGUCUGACCCCGCCGCGCAGGCUGCCAUGGCAGCAGCAAUAGCAGCAGCCGUUCGCUCAUUCAAUAUCGAGUUGUGGACGACCUAUGCCGUUGGCGUCCUCAUGACGGUUCUCCGGACAUUUGCUCGGGUGAAGUCGGUGGGCGUCAGAGACCUUCGAGCAGACGACUUCAUCGUCUGGCUUUCCAUUGUGCGUAUCACUACAUCCCUCCGGGAGUGUCACAUCAGCCUUCCAUUUGCUAACGCAGGCCCAACUCCGCAGUUGCUCUACUCCGCGCAGUCGACUCUGGCAUAUUUCGCGGUCAAUCACGGCCAGGGGCUCGCAAACAAUGCUAUGACGGACGCAGAGCGAGCGGCGCUGUCCGUCGAUUCUACGGAAUACCAACUCAGAGUAUUCGGCUCCAAGAUUCAGGUGGUGGGCUGGAGCACUUAUUCGUGCUUGAUCUUCUCGCUCAAGAUAGCCGUGCUUGUCUUCUACAUCAGACUCAUGCAAGGCCUUAGCAACCGUUUCCGCAUUCGUAUCUGGGUCGGAUUUGGCCUCGUCAUUGUGACCUGGCUCGCAACGUUCAUAACGAUUUUUUCAUCGUGCAGGCCGCUCUCCAAAUACUGGCAGAUUAACCCGGAUCCUGGCAACGCAUGCCAGGGUGCCGUAACCAGGCCGGUCAUCUGGGUCUCAUUCACCUCGAGUAUAGUUACUGAUAUCUACCUCAUCAUGAUACCCAUUCCCAUGCUUUGGGGAACUAGCAUGAAACUCGGGAAGAAGAUAGCCGCCACUAUCGUCCUCGGUGCAGGCGUGUUUGUUCUCAUCUGCUCUCUUCUAAAGACAGUCUUCGUUAUAAUUGUGAGUCUCGAUGCUGCUCCGGAGACACCCCGCCUUUCUCCCCCCAAACAGGGCCACAUUUCGCUAAUUCCACUUUGCCAACAGGACCCCAUCCACGGUGCACAGCUCGCUGGCGAAUGGGGUACCCGGGAAGCCUUCGUCUCGGUGGUCACUACGAACCUUCCCAUGAUAUUCCCCCUCUUCAAGACAUGGCUUAAACCACUGUUCGGCAGUGCCUUCUCUUCUGAUCGGACGCCAUCCAAUCCAACUGGCUUCCGAACCAUCGGUGGUGGCGAUGGUGAGUCCCGCAGUCGGAAUCGACGUCGUAGAUCUCCUAGUGCAAAGCACAAUUCCACCCCUGGCUUAUCAUACACCGAGAGUGAGGAACGGAUUAUCAACGAUGUGAAGAUGCAGAACCUGAAUGUUUCUGUCGGCCCGGCCCCUACUGACAACCCGUCAACGGGUAUCGUGGUCUCCAAAGAAUUCCAGAUCGCCGAAGAUAGAUCCGGCCGAAAGGGCGAGCAUAAUCCGAAGCGUGUUCCCGAGUCUUGGUAG